UUUAGUGUGUUUUCGUGGUUUCGUUGAGUAGAACGUUUUAUAAUUCAAUCCAUCGCUUCAAUUGUUUGAAAGGUUUGAUUUCGGAAUAUAAUGUAUUGUAUAGUAGUGACGAUUGUGGCCCUAGCAUACAUAUUCUGGGAUGUAAAUUAUUUUUUGAGGGUUGCAUUCACAAUAGGUAUUGGAAGAUUAUUCCAUAAGAAAUGUGGAAUCAAUGAUUCUACUACAAUUUACGGCUUUUGCACUACUCAAGACGUUGACAUUUUCUUGAGGCACAUGAAUAAUGCCAGAUAUGUGAGGGAAUUAGAUUUUGCGAGAUUCCAUUUCUACGAUCGGACUGGUAUCUAUACAAAUAUAAAAGCUGUGGACGGUCACGCUCUACAAGGAGCAUCGAGUAUCCGUUAUCGAAGAACUAUACCAAUUUUCAGCCCAUACAAAGUUGAAACUAAGCUGGUUUACUGGGAGGACAAAACUCUUUUCAUCGAGCAAAAGUUUAUAACUCUGAAUGAUGGUUUCGUGAGAGCCAUUGUGUUGUCACGACAAAACCUCCUUAAUGUAGACGCAGCUACAUUAUUCAAGGGGAUUCCAGGAGCUGAUCAGAAACUUGAAUGUCCAGAAGAAAUUAAGCAUUGGCUUCAAUCUAUUGAGGUAUCGAGCGCCAAGCUCCGGAAAAAGGAUUAAUAUUUUCUCGUAAAUGAUUUGUGAUAAACACAAUCCUAUAUAAUUUAUUUACUUGCUUUGUUCUAAAUCUGAAUUUGGGAGGGAUGGUUUUAGGUUAUUAAAAAUAAUGAUGUAAAGAA